CCGGCAUUGUCGUCCGCGAUCACCAUAACGUAAUCCAUGACCUGGAAAAUUUAAUUAUUGAAGUUCCUGGCUGCAUAGUCAGAGAGCAUUAACAUAUAGACUUCAUGUGAUCGAUUAAAAGCAACAAUUUCCCUAUCAAUCAGUUUUUGAAUUAUUGACAUCAAUCAUUAUUAUUUUAUUAUAAUAAAUAUUGUGGCAGUUGCUCCUUCCCUGUCGCCAUACGUAGUCAAGACAAAACAAAACGUCCCUCUCCUCACAUUAAAACACCAGUUUUGUAGCAUCCCUCAAACUUGUAAGCCCAGCUUGAUGUUCAUGUGACGAACACGCACUUGAAAAAUCAUUCACUAUUAACAAAUGACGUUAAUUUAUAACAAAAAUCUCUACCAGACCGACGUGUAAUGCUUAGCUUCUAGUUCCUCAUCUUUUUCCAGAUGUCUUGGCUAUGCCGGCCUUCCCAUGAGCCAGAAAUUCCCCCAGGUUUUUUUUUUUAAUUCUAUUUUGAAGUUGUCUCCUUAGCUUCUUCUUUUAUAGUAAGUAACAUCUGACUCUGCAUUAAACCCUCCCUCUUCCUAUCCGUGUGUGUGUGUGUGUACAUGUCUCUGAUCGAUGAAUUAACCUUUUUGUUCUAUGAUGAAAGUGGGAUUCAAGGUUAUUCAUGGCGAUUGUUUCAACAUGAUCAGACCACAUGUGCAUGAAUCUUGGGACUAUCCGAAUAAUAAUGUUGGGCUAUCCUCGUCAGCUGCAACAUCAUCAUCAUCAUCAAUAUUAAUCCCAUUUUCAAAGCCACCAGCCAUUGACACCACCACCAACAGUACUGUAAACUUGGCAACCAACGAGUUUUCAGAUUGGGUGGAGCAUAUUACCAAACACCUUGUGGACGACUUACCCGCAGCUGAAACCACAUCUGAUCAUAACUUGCUUCAUCCUUAUAACCACUGCCAAACAGGGUCUACUUCUCAUGACAACCUCGUACCCACACCAGUAGUUUCACCUGUUCUAUACCCUAGGAAUAAGGGUCCCUUCAACAAUGAUGACCUGCAAAUUCAAAUUCAAACUCAAACGAACCCAUCAUCAGUAGAUCACGAUCAAAGCAAUGAUGUGUUACACCUCUUAACACUUCUAAUGGAGUGUGCAGUGGCAAUCUCAGUAGACAACCUCAGUGAGGCACACAGAAUGUUGGUGGAGCUAACCCAACUGGCCUCACCGUACAAGCCAUCCUGUGGAGAGCGUAUUGUGGCGUAUUUCGCUAAAGCCAUGACUAGCAGAGUAAUGAACUCGUGGCUCGGAGUAUUUUCCCCUUUGAUUGACCACAGAAGCAUCCACUCUUCGCUCCAGGUGUUCAACAAUAUUUCGCCUUUCAUCAAGUUCGCACAUUUCACUUCCAAUCAAGCCAUUCUUGAAGCAGUGCAUUGCUGUGAUAGUAUUCAUAUCAUAGACUUAGACAUCAUGCAGGGUCUUCAAUGGCCGGCUUUCUUCCACAUCCUCGCCAACAGAAUGGAGGGACGACCACGCCUUCGAAUGACAGGCAUGGGAGCUUCAAUGGACAUCCUCGUCGAGACAGGCAAGCAGCUCACGAACUUCGCAAAAAGGCUCGGAAUGUCGUUUCAUUUCCAACCAAUCGCGAGGAAGUUCGGGGAAAUCGAAGAUGUCUCUAAGGUGCAAGUAAGACCCGGCGAGACAAUCGCCGUCCACUGGCUGCAACACUCGCUGUACGACGCCACAGGACCAGACUGGAAAACUCUGAGACUUCUUGAAGAACUAGAGCCGAGAAUCAUAACUCUUGUGGAACAAGAUGUUUCAAGCGGCGGGUCGUUUUUGGAUCGUUUUGUCGGGUCUUUACACUAUUAUUCCACCGUGUUUGAUUCUCUGGGAGCUUAUAUGGCCAGCGAGGACCUUAACAGGCACAAGGUUGAACACGGGCUUCUGUCCAGAGAGAUAAAUAACAUAUUGGCCAUAGGAGGACCAGCAAGAAGUGGAGAAGACAAGUGCAGACAGUGGAGAAGUGAGCUUGCGAGGAUUGGUUUUCUGCAGGUUCCAAUGAGCCCUAACUCUAUGGCUCAAGCUCAAUUGAUAUUGAACAUGUUCUCACCUCCUCAUCAUGUCCAUGGCUAUACUCUUGCUCAAGUCGAUGGCACUCUCAGGCUUGGAUGGAAGAACACUGGCCUGUAUACAGCUUCCGCAUGGACAUGUUACAAUUCCACUAAUAAUAAACACUAGCUUAAUUGUGCCCUGAUAUGUAUGCGCUCGUAAUCUUUAAGAUAAUAUGGUCUUCGUUUAAGAUUCUUGUUUUUUGGCACGUUACUGAAAAGCUGGAGAUUUGAUUUCAUGCCUUGUAUGUGGUUGGGAAAUGGAAAUGGGAAUUACUUGGUUAGCUGGCAA